AUGAAUAUCUAUCCUGGCUACAGACCCACCGCCCGCACCUCGGAGGAGGUACAAGAAACCCCCAAAAACAUGCAACCAACCACCGAUGGAGUCCCAGUCUGGAGCAAAGCAAUGCUCAUCACCUUCUGGGUUUUUCAACUCAUCAUCUGUAUUAUCGGCUGGGGAAUCGGAGCUCUCGCACUCGGCACCAAACGUCUUCUAGACGACGGCGAUUACACAUACAGCCACGGUGUGAAGCUUGCUCUCAGUGUCGGUGGUGGCGUUUGGGUAGCAUGGGCCAGUGCAACCUUCAUCCUCAUCGUCACCGAGAUCAUCAUGUUUUCGCGCCAAAACCUGAAGGCUUGGUUUGAGGUCACUUCCUGCUGUGUCAAGACCACAUUAUGGUUGGUCAUGUUUUUGAUCUCUGUUCAUGAUACUGCGGUGACCUCUUCCGGUGGUCUUUCGCUUCUGAUUCUUGGUGUUUUCCUGUAA